AUGUUAAGAGCAAUAUCUUUAAUUUGUGUUGAGGGUAAAAUGCUGCGUCGUAGUGAUUUUUUAAAACUAUUUCGUUCACAAUGUUCAGUUCACUCAAGUUUAAAAUCCGACCCGACAGUAGUCAGCGGUGUGGGUGUAAAGAACGUGAGACCAGGGACAGAUGUUUCACACUCCCCACCCCCUCCGACGCCGCCGCCGCCUCCACCGCGCUCCCGCCGCGCCUUCACCCUCAUCACGGCCGUCACUUUCACAGCCUCCCUCGCUGGAAUUUAUUUGUAUCGGAAGAGAACGCAAGAUAAAGAAGAUGCCGUGUCACUUACGAGUGCAGAAGCCGGCGAGUCGGAAGCGCGGACGUCAUGUUCUCCGGAGCGCGGCGAUGGGCUGCCGGCGCACGCGCAGUUCCUCCUCGUGGGCGGCGGCACGGCCGCCUUCGCCGCCAUGCGCGCCGUUCGCAGCGCUCGUCCCGACGCGCAGGUGCUGCUCGUGUCGCCCGAGCGGGUGCCGCCGUACAUGCGCCCGCCGCUCACCAAGGAGAUAUGGCGCGAGCCUGACCUAGCCGAGCGCGCGCUGUCUCCCGAACUUCUCACCUUCCGCCAGUGGAACGGUAGACGGCGAUCCCUCCUCUACGAGCCGCUCGCCUUCUACACGCCGCCGGAGCGCCUCCGCGACGCGGCGCCCGGCGCCGGCCUCGCUCUGGGCUGGCGGGUCGUCGCCCUCGACCCCGCCGAACGGUCCGCCGUGCUCGAGAGCGCCGCCGGAGAGCGCGCCAAACUCACCUACGACGAGUGCCUGGUGGCGAGCGGCGGCCGGCCGAAGCGGAUCGGCGCGCUGCGGGACGUCGCCGCCGCCGGACUGUCCCUCGCUCUCGGCUCCGUGGACGACGUCGCGGCUCUCGCGCGAGUCCUCGACGGCGGCCGUCGCACGGUGGCGGUGAUCGGCGGCGGGCCGCCGGGCGCCGAAUUGGCGGCCGCACUGGCCGACCGCGCUCGAGUCGUGCACGUAUACCGCGAGAGAGCGCCUCUGGCGACGUCGCUGCCGCCGAACCUCGCGGCGGAGGCGGCGCGCGCGCUGGCGGCGCUCGGCGUGGAGGCCGCGCCCGGCCUGGAGAUCGUCGGCGCGACGGCGUCGGGCGGCCGAGUGCGCCUGACGACGGCGGACGGCGGCGCGCUCGAGGUGGACGCGGUGGUCGAGUGCGCGGGCACCGAGCCCGACGUGGAGCGCCUGGCGGGCGCCUCUCGACUCGAGACGCAUCCGAAGCUCGGCGGCCUCGUGGUGAACGCUGAGCUGGCGGCGCGGUCGGGCCUCUGGGCGGCCGGCGACUCGGCCUGCUUCUACGACGAGGCUCUGGGCCGUCGGCGCCUCGACCGCCACGAUCACGCGGUGGCUUCCGGCCGCCUCGCCGGCGAGAACAUGGCGAGCGAGGGCCGGCCGCGCGCCUACGGACACCAGAGCAUGUUCUGGAGCGACCUCGGCCCCGACCUCGGAUACGAGGCGAUAGGUGAAAUAGAUUCGAAGCUGCCGACCGUCGCGGUGUUCUGCGAGGACGCCGUGCGCGAAGCGAAGGAGGCGGCGACUGCGGCGGACGGGGCGGCGGACGGGGCGGCGGCGGACGAGGCGGCGGCGCGAGCGGACGGCGGCGUGCGGUACGAGCGCGGCGUGGUGUUCUACCUCCGCGAGAGCCGCGUCGUGGGCGUCCUUCUGUGGAACCUCUUCAACAGAAUGCACCUCGCGCGACAGGUUCUGGCGCGGGGCGAAUUCGAAGACUUGUUUGAGGUGGCGAAGUUGUUUGCGUUGCACGAGGAAGACUAG